ACAGUCUGGGCGAGGGCGGGGCUGUGGUGGCACGAGGGAGUGGCACAGGAAACUACUGGGACGACGAAGGUUUUGAUUCGAUUCGGAGGAUUGAGAAGUUGGACCGUUCGACGCCUAUAGACGAAGAUGGCCGUAAGUGACGUCACAAAUGCAGCUCAGCUGGCGUUUCAGGACCUAAACCUGACGUCAGAAGAGCAGCAGCGCAUUCUGGAUGUCAUCGAAAGGGAUGAAGCACUGCGACGGGAAGAGAAAAUUCGAAUUUGGCGACUGAAGUCUGAGCUGCAGAUGCUGCGACUCCAGGGCGUCCUGCGGCCCGGACAGGCGGGCGGCCGCACCUGCGCGCGCUGCCGGGUCACCCUGGGCAGGAUUUUCAACAGGGGCGCCCCGUGCAGGUCGUGCCGGCUGACGGUGUGCAAGGACUGCCGCCAGCAGCCCACCGGCGGCCGUGGCUGGGUCUGCACUGUCUGCCACAAACAAAUGGAGAUUCAGCUGGCCACGGGGCAGUGGAUGGAUCUGUUUACGAAGCGGCCCUCGCGCCGACGAGAGUCAAUAGUGGCGCCCACCGCCCUGCUCCGGCGGCAAAUUCGACGCUCGCUGACCAUCUCCAAUCCUGGAGGUCCCGGACGGGGGCCAAAUGACCUCCGCGCUGCCCGGGGUCGACCCGGUCUGGCCCCGUCCCCCCUGGGUCACCUCCGGCCGCGACCCCGACCGCGACCCCGACCCGACCACAAGCCCGUGCGGCGGGCGACAAUGACACACGCCGACCGAGGCUGUCGUAGGCAGCACAUCGGUGCCCUCAGCGGCCAGACCCAUGCCGAGGACCCUGCUGUCAGCAGCGCCACCUCCAGUGUGACGAGCUCACCAGCAGUUCUGAGGAGAGACGACAGAGAGAAGUCGCCGCAGACGGGAGGCAGUCUCGGAAACGGGCUGGAUGGCUUCACGCCGGUGCUGGGUCGGGCUCGGAAGGGCAGCGAGUCGGAACCGGUACUUCUCGGACCUGACCUGGCACCUCCCCUCGCACCCUCACCGCCUCCGCUGUGUGGAAGUACACCCCCGGAGUCUGUGGACCACGUGGACGGAACUCUCGAUAGAGCUCUCGACGAAGCGCUCGACGAAGCUCUCGACGAAGCUCUCGACGGAGCCGACACAGAAGGACACAGUCCUCAACAGAGCGGUUAUAGUGGUGAUGAGUCGGCUAAGGAAGAACAAUCAGAGCUGCAACAGGGCGAAGAGGUAAACGAUCAUCCCCCAGAACAAGACCAGCGUCGAUCUUCAACCCUUCACGAUGAGAUCGAGCUCUAUCUCAAUCAGCGCCGUGCCAGCAUGCCAUCAACGGGUCAGCCCUCUGACUUUACUGACCACUCGCGUCGGAAGAGCGAGUCCCACCUGCACAUCAAAUGGCCUCACCUGGUAGAGCUGGCCCUCAAACGCCAUCGGCACAGCUACAACAUGCGCCAGCAGGCGGCGGAGCGACAGAAAGACAACCCUUUCCGCUGGCGAAAGCGGCAGUUCGAUGUGAGCGAAGACUCAUCGGAGGUCAAGGUGGAGGCGCCUCGCUCACGCUCCUCCUCGAGCGGCAAGAGCCGGAGUCCCUCCAGAGGUGCCGUGCUGGGACCCAGCGGGGGCGACUCGGACUCGGACCCGGAGACGGAGCCGGAGUCGUUCGGCGGCGCCAUUUUCCAGAAGCUGACGGUGGUGGCCGGGAGGCGACACCAUCGCAACAGCGCUAACUCGGAACCAGAGGACGACCAUGAGAAAGGUUUUUGA